AUGGGGGAAAGAUACAGAACAGGCACCCUGGAGUGUCGCUCCGCCGGGGAAGCGCCGCCAUCACAAUUGGCCGUGGCCUCGCCUUCGCAAUCAGGACAGAGUCCUGAUGUAGGAUCGCUGGGCGCCGUCCUAGCAGCCAAAGCCAGCUGCACCGUCUGGAGCUCACGAGGAGAGCGUUUCCACUGGUGCACUACCACCUACACCAUCACCAAACAAAUACGCUCCAGCCCCUACAGAGCAUGGAUAAGCAAUGCCCCAGUUGCAGAUAUUUUAAUUAUUUGGGCAAAAUGUGAAGACGGCAAGUUACGAGGAUUCAUUGUGGAAAGGAAUGGAGCCAAAGGAUUGGCAACACCCAAAAUAGAAGGCAAAUUCUCACUUCGGGCAUCUGCUACAGGAAUGAUCUUCUUAGAUGAAGUUGAAGUUUCAGAGAAAAACGUUCUUUCUGGUGUGACCAGUUUCAAAGGACCUUUCAUCUGUCUUAGUAAUGCUCGUUAUGGUAUUGGUUGGGGAGCCCUGGGUGCAGCAGAGUUUUGCUUAGCAGAAGCACGUCGAUAUACACUAGAGCGUCACCAGUUUGGACGGCCUUUAGUAGCAGCCACCCAGCUCAUUCAGAAGAAAUUAGCAGAUAUGCUUACAGAAAUAUCAAUAGGUCUUCAAGCAUGUCUUCAUGUGGGUUGCCUGAAGGAUAAGAAUUUGUGUACUCCAGAAAUGAUAUCAAUACUGAAACAUAAUUCCUGUGGAAAAGCUUUGGACAUUGCACGCACUGCCCGUGACAUGUUGGGUGGGAAUGGCAUUUCUGAUGAAUAUCAUAUUAUUAGACAUGUUCUGAAUCUGGAAUCAGUCAAUACAUAUGAAGGUACUCACGAUAUCCAUGCUCUCAUUCUUGGGAGAGCUAUAACUGGAAUACAAGCAUUUAGCUAAAAACUGGACUAAAUAUUGUGUUGCUACUGAAUAUUUAUGCAUUGCUGUAUUUUCUGAGGUUGUACCAAAAGUGCCAAUUUGUGUCAUGAAUGGUGAAAGUUUGUGAUCGUCCUCCAACAUGGAAAAAACUCCAGUGAGAAUCCAUACUGCCUCAAAAUCAGUGUACAGGUAUGCAAUACACAUGGAGCAUAGUAUCAGAAGAUGCAACACAGACAUUUGUGCACAAGUUUUGGAAUAAUGAGUGUCCUGUAGCUUUAAGUAAUGAACAUCUAGUCUGUAACUAUGAAUCUAAUACUGAAGACUGCAGAUUAUGAUAUUUUCUGUACACCAAAGUUGCUGUGGUAUUGUAUGAACUAAAAAUGCUUUCAUGAUGCAUUUGUUAAUAAAUAAUUUUUAUUUUUAA